AUGAGGACUAUGAGCAUUCAAAAUGUGUUCUUCCAUCCGAUAAUCAGAAAUUGUGAAGCGGUAAUAAUUAUUGGCGGCAAAGAAAUAUCAUCAGAGGAUUUGAAUUUUAUUCUGGACACAGCUUCAUGUUUGAGACAUUUAAGAAUUGAGGACACAAGCACACCUCCAUACGGUUAUUUUCAUGAAAAAAUUUUUGAACUGAAAACUUUUGAAUGCCACACGUACGACUGGAUGUGCAUUGAGUCUCUAUUCACUCUAAAAAAUCACGGAAAACUAUCUAUUGGAAAGAAUCGGUUCAGCUACGCAGACUUGAAUAGAUUCUUACCGCAUUGGGUCCAUAGUGAAGUUGAUAUGUUCGAUAGAUAUUUGCACAUCGAUAUGGAGGAAGAUAUACCGGAAGAUGAGUUGUUUGAUGGGAUCAUACGGUUGAAUUCGAACCGUUUUGGUUUGCCUGCUUAUUUAAUAAAAGCCGACUCUAACCAUCAGCAGAGAAGGAAGUUAAUACUAUGUAUUUGGUAUCAAAUGAAAACAUUGAAGCUCUCUGCAUGGUUACCGAACGAUCGUUGGCCGAUUGAAAUCAAAGGAGAGAAAACCUUUCAGGGAGAGUAUGAUGCAUUGAGAGCUGUGGAAAAACGGAUGGAAUUGGAACAGAUAUUGAAGGAGAACCGUGAUGAAGAAAUUCUAAAUCAGAUUAGAGAGUUGAAUGAGCAGUUGGAGGAGUUGCAGGCAGAAUUUGAGUUUACUAUAACUGAAUGCAUUGAAUUUUAA